UUUAUUGCGAGGAUAUUUGUAAAAAAGAAAUGUAUAAAUAAGUUAAAUAGCGAGUGAACGAACUUGGUAGAAAGAACUUGGAGAAUUAACCACUUUGGUUUCAGCAGAAACGUUUCUUUCUUUCAGUGGAAGCAUUUACCAACAACAAUGAGCAAUUCCGCGGCUGGAACCUCAUCAAAAACAAGAGCAGCUUCCUCACAACCAUCAGAACCUUCAUCCAAGCGCAGAAGAGGAGUUUUCCAUAGAGAAUUGCAGCACAUGAUGUAUGGCUUCGGAGAUGAUCCUAAUCCACUUCCUGAAAGUGUGGCACUUAUGGAUGACAUCGUUGUAGAAUAUAUUACAGAACUGGUACAUAAAGCACAAGAUAUUGGAUCACAGAGGGGGAAGCUAUCAGUUGAGGAUUUCCUCUAUUUGAUUCGCAAGGAUGCGCCAAAACUUAACCGAUGUACGGAACUGUUGUCUAUGAAUGAAGAGCUGAAACAAGCAAGAAAACUUUUUGAACAUGAUGACGAGAAUCUGAGGAAGACUUUUGAGGAUGAUGCAGAUGGAUGAAUGAAGUUGCAUUCUCAAAUAUGCGUAUAUAUAAUGCGACAUAACUCAUUCCAACACUUUACUAGCAUCAUUCCAACAAUUUACUAGCAUGUUUGAAUGUGUUCAAACUCUUUCAAAACACGUUCACUCUAUAACUCUAUUCUAACAUGAUUUUAUUGUCAA